AUGACAUUCCGUCCAUUAAUUGCAACUAAUUAUUCAGUAUUGAAACCAUUACAGAAAGAGUCGGUCAGUUGGUCUCAAACUGAUCGUUCAAUUCUUGCAAUAUCUGUAUAUUCAGGUGACGGCACUAUAAUAUUGCUCAAUGAGGAUGGGUUGCAACCUAUUGAACUGUCUCAGAAAGAGUCGGAUCUAAUUCCUCUCAAGUCUGGUGUGAAAGUAUCGUGUUUUCAAUGGAACCCAAAUAUGCUUUCACUGGCCGUUUCGUGGGAAUCGGGAGAACUAGGCGUCUAUUCCAUCAAGAAUUCUAAGGCUGUUUGGAAUGAAUCCAAUCUAAAGACUUAUAACAGACAAAAAACAGUUGUUUGUAUGCAAUGGCUUAGUGAUGGUCUCAGUCUUUUUACAGUUGAUAUUUCAGGAAAGAUAAUAAUGUGGGAAUUCGAUGAAAUGUCAAACCUUUUGCUUGAGAAACAUAACCAUCAAAUUAGUGAUCAAAUAUCAGAUACACUAUCUGUUAAAUUAAAUCAAAUUCAAUUUGUAUAUUUCGGUUCAAACAGUGGAUCAAUAUAUCAGAUGAAUGAAUCGACCGGAACUAUCAGUGAUGUGGUGGCACUGGAAAGUGGUGUCAAAAAAUUGUUAUAUUAUUCAAAAAGGAAUCGACUCAUUAUUAUAACUGAAUCUAUGCUUUUAUGUCAGUACUCUUUGUCGACCACCAGUUCCGAUGUGAAUGAGGUCUCAAAAGUCAAACUAAGUACCUCUGGUCGUAAUAUAACAUCGGAUAUAAUUACCGCAAUGAUGAUCGAUGACUCGGUCGGUCUUAUUGCUAUCUGUUUUUCUGGUGAACGGGUAGUUAGACUUUGGCAAUUGGAAAGCGGUAACAAUGCAGCCGUUAUUGUUGCCGAAUCGGCCGAAUCCCAUUGGGCUGGUGUCACGUCAGUGGGCUAUUGGACUAAUCUAAUGGCUGCCGGAACCAGUAAUAAUCACAUUAUUAUUUGGAAAAGGAGUUCAGGACUUGAAUUCAAUAGAGUUUCUCAAAUACAAGUCAAGGGAAGUGUUAAGCAAUUAAGUAUUUCAAAGAAUCGACAAAUUGCUUGCAUUACAUCUAUUAAUGAUAUUUAUUUAAUUACCGAACAAAACAUGUGUUUCUCUUAUAACAAACAAAUUGUUGUCAUUCAGAAUGGGUCUAAACAAGUAAAAGUAAAAAAUAUUGAUACAAACAGUACUCAAGAAUUGAUAGUUGAGAUACCGGUGCGAAAUAUGUAUAUGGGAAGUGAUGGCAAGAUCUUUGCCAUUAAGCUAAGCGGAUCCAAACGCGUCGACUUUUACCGAUUAAAUGCUUCCAAUGAUGUCAUAGACUCAUAUUGUUCGGCAAAUAUUAGAGAAACCGAUAACAUGUUUGUCAUUCAUAAUGAAAUUGUCUGGAGUUGUCUUAUAGACAAUAAUCAACAAAACGCAAAGUUUUCUUUACUUUCAUAUAAUUUGGAGACCAAUACUGAGGACAGUCAUCAAAUUGAUUUGUUAGUAAACGCUGAUAACUCUAUUAUGCAAAUUAAAGUGAUAGCUCUUGACUUGAAUGGUGAUUCAUUUCUGGUUAUAUUAUCAGUUAAUAAAAAGUUAUUUCUUUAUGUUUUUAAACUGAAUACAUCCAAACCAAUACUUAAAUCUGGACCAACAGGUCUCAACCAUUACAAGAAAAUCAUUUUCGCUAAAAUUAAUUGCGACGGAACUAUGAUAGCCUGUGUUGACCACAAUUUAUUGACCAUUAUAUCAGACAAUAAAAUAAUUAAACAUAAUAUUGAUGUCAAUUCUGAAGAAGAAAUUUGUGGUCUUUUGUGGGCCGAUAACGAAUCAAGUAUGUUAUGUUUAUCACUGCAAUAUGUAAUAGAUAUCUAUUUGUGUAAUGUUAAUGAACAGGUUAUCAAACAUUACAACCAAAUAGAAAUUGAUAUCAAUCUUAAGUUAAUAGCAUUGAAAGUACCGAUCAUUUAUUUGUUACGUUCCGAUGAAAUUGUUAAACAAGAGUUACCAGAAUUAGAAGGUUUAAGUGAAGAAACAGUGUCUGUAUUAUUAGAUUUUUUAAUGGCUAAAAAUAUUGAUAUAAAUCAUUUAAUUAAAAAAGUAAAUCAAAUCGGAGAAAAUAAUCAUAAAUUAUGGAAAAAUUUGGCAAAACUUAGUGUUAAGAGUAGAGACAUAGAUAUGGGUUUGUAUUGUAUCUCAAAACUACAGAAUGCAAGAGUUGUAAGGGAUGUGAGACAAGAAUUGCAAGAAAGUGGUCGAGAAGUUGCCUGCGCUCUGUUGGCCAUGAAUUUGGGUCUUCAUUUAGAUGCAGAAGAAAUACUCAAAGAAUGCAAUAAUCCGUUAAAAUUAGCAAAAUAUUAUCAAAAUAGAAAUGAAUGGCAAAAAGCUAUAAAAUCUGUUGAUAGAGUCAAUCAAAAAACUGUUUAUUAUAAUUAUGCCAAACAUUUGGAGCAAAACGAGUCUAAUAUAAAGGAAGCCAUUAAAUACUAUGAACUUUCGGGAACUCAUGUCUUUGAAGUGCCGCGAAUGCUCUUUGAAAUUGACAGCACCGGUGGAUCUAUGCUUAAAGAUUAUUGUCUUUCAGAUAAAAGCAAUUAUACUGAGAAGGACAGCGCAUACCUAAUCAAAUGGUGGGGACAAUACUGUGAAAGUCAGGGAGAUAUCAAUCAUGCAUUAAAUGCUUACGAAAAGGCUAAAGACUACUAUAAUUUGGUUAGACUUCUUUGCUAUACCGGUGAGAGUGAAAAGGCUAAGAAUCUAAUUAAUGUAUUAACAAAUGACUCCAACAGUGAAGAGACAAUUCCUACUCUCGAGGCAGCAAUGCUUCACUUGGGAAGACAUUUAGAAUCAAUUAAUCCAAUUGAAUCAAUCAAUUAUUAUUUGCCUUCUGGUGCUAUCAAACAUGCCAUUCGUGUUUGUAAAACAAAUAAUCUGAUCAAUGAAUUGAUUAAAUUAACCAUAACUUAUGGCAAUCAAGAGGAAGCUAAAGAUAUAGUCAAUACAUACAUUGACUCCAAUAGCGAUGGUUUCAGUGAAAUUAAUGACGAUUAUAUCGUUCAGAUAUAUUAUAAAUGUGGACAACAAGACAGGGCUAUAGAGAUGGCACUUAAGACCAGAACUUGGACUCAACUCAGAAAUAUAUUAUCAGAUCUGAUGUCAAAAUUGAAUUUAGACCACAAUAUUGAUAUCAAUAUUAAUGAAUCUAUUGUUAACUUAGCAUUGGAUGCUCUUAAAACUGAUUCAGAAAUUAUAGAUAUUGUCAUUGAUUUAUUACUUCUUAACAAAAAUAGUGAUCCAUCUCUGUUGGAACAACUGAUAAGUGAUCACAACAUUGAGAUCAAUGAAAAACUUGUGGAUAAAGUUGAAAAAGUAAUCAAAAAUAAGGGACAAACACAACAAGUGAUGUUAUCUUUGGCUGAUAUGGCUCUACAACAGGGAAACUGUUUGAUCGCCGCUAAGCUCUAUAACAAUCACGGACUCAGAACUAAUGCCAUCAAAGCAUUGAUUAGAACCGGACUGACGGACAAAGUGAUCAGUUAUGCAAAUAUUGCCAGAGAUAAGAGUGUCUAUAAAAUUGCCGCCAAUUAUCUCAAGACAAUCGACUUUAACGAAGACUCAGUUAUUGACAAUUUCCUCAAAAAAGCCGGAAUUACUAACAACAAGAGCGAGACAUUUGAUUAA